UGCCCCAGCCUUGUCUUUGGUGUCCCGUGAAGAUUAAAGAUGUUCCCUCGUUUGUUGCGCAGAUCCCUCGCCGUCGUGCGCUAUUUCUCGGCAGAAACCAUUGGAGCGACGGUGAAGUCCCCACCAUCAGGUGGUGCAAGCAGCAAAAUCACGAGCACUGGUGGAAGAGACACCCUCGGGAGGAGGCUACUGAGUCUGGUAUACACAAAGCGCAGCGCCGUCAUCGCCAUUAGAAAGUGGAAGGAGGAAGGCCACGUAGUCCAAAAGUACGAGCUCAACCGCAUAGUCCGAGAGCUCCGUAAGCUUAAGCGCUAUAAACAUGCCCUCGAGGUAUGUGAGUGGAUGAGGAUACAGGAAAAUAUCAAGUUACUAUCUGGGGACUAUGCUGUCCAUUUGGACUUGAUUGCAAAAGUCCGAGGCAUGAAUAGUGCUGAGAAGUUCUUUGAAGAUCUUCCUGACAAAAUGAAAGAUCACACAACAUGUAGUUCCCUUCUUCACACCUAUGCCCAACACAAGGAAUCCGCUAAAGCGGAAGCUUUAAUUGAAAAGAUGUCAGAGUGUGGUUUCUUGAAGAGUCCUCUUCCUUACAACCACAUGUUGACCUUGUAUAUCUCCACAGGGAAGUUGGAGAAGGUUUCAGCGAUGAUUCAGGAGUUAAAGAAGAACACUUCACCAGAUGUUGUUACAUAUAACCUGUGGUUAUCUGUCUGUGCGCUGCAGAAUGACGUAGAAACUGCAGAAAAAGUAUUCCUGGAGCUACAGAAGGAAACACUGGAUCCAGAUUGGGUGACUUAUAGCACAUUAACCAAUAUCUACAUUAAAAAUUCACUCAAGAAAAAAGCAGCUUCGACUUUGGGUGAAAUGGAAAAAAGAAUUUCCAAGAAAGUUCGUCCCUCUUAUUCCUCUCUCAUUAGUUUACACACUAGCCUGGAACAUAAAGAUGAGGUUUAUUGGAUUUGGAAGAAGAUGAAGUCAAUGUUCCACAAGUUAAAUGACUCCGAGUAUAUGUGCAUGAUUGCAUCCCUAGUGAAACUCCAUGAAUUAUGCAAAGCAGAGAAGCUUUACAUGGAAUGGAGUUCUAUUUCUCCAACUGGGGACUCUAGAAUUCCGAAUAUACUUCUUGCUGCUUAUAUCAACGAUGGUCAGAUGGAAAUGGCUGAGAAGUUCUACAAACAGAUGGUAGAAAAAGGUAUGACUCCUAGCUAUACCACUUGGGAGCUUCUGACAUGGGGCUACUUGAAACUAAAGAAGGUGGAAAAGGUACUUGAUUGUUUCAACAAAGCUAUUGGUAGUGUGAAAAAAUGGGAGCCAGAUGUAAAGAUGGUCAAAGAAGUAUCUGGGAUGCUUGAAGUGAGUGGCAACAUUGAGGGUGCAGAAAAAUUGUUAGUUACUCUUCGGCAUGCUGGACACUUGAAUACAGGAAUGUAUAACUCACUUCUCCGAACUUAUGCAAAAGCUGGUAAAAUGCCAGUUGUAGUUGUAGAGAGGAUGAAGAAGGAUAAUGUCCAACCGGACGAGGAUACCAGGCAGCUCAUACAACUAACUAGCAGAAUGUGCGUGACUGAAGUUCCGAGCUCUAUCCUGGGAGAAUAACUUGAGAUUUGUUGUCUAGGAGAUAAAAAAAUGUACCUUGAUGUAUGCCUUUAUUCAAUUUGAUUCUGCAGUUGCAAGGAUUACUGACACAGUCUGCUGCUUCAAUUUUGUAAAACGGGGAUAAGUAAGAUCUUUACAAAGCGAGGAGACGGUUCUUCCA